AGGGCUCCACCUGUUUCAUUGAAGAUGGGUUUAGUUGUCCACAAGCGGGUAUCUGAAUUCUGAAGCUUGCGGGAAGUCAUUUUGGAUGUUUGAUUUCUCUCGAAGCGGCCCGAAGUGAGUUUCUAAAUGUUGGAGGUGAUUUUAUUUGGCCGAGAGCGGAGACAUUUGGGCAAAUUUUAAUGCCGUUCUCAGUUUUCACGCGGCAGGGCGAACCUAGAGGAUGCGGCUUCUCCGCCCGCUUCUCCCUCGUCCUUCCCCACCGACUCGCCGCCUCCCGAGCUCUCGCCACCAGCUACAGUGGCCGGAUUCGUCCGAGUCGCUCGUCCGGCCGCGCCGUCGCUGUUGCCGUCGAGGUCGACCCGCCGGAGUCUUGCCCGGGACACCGCGGCUACGCCCUCCCUCGCCGCGAUCUCGUCUGCCGCGUCGCGCGGAUCAGCUCCGCCUCACCGACUCCGACCCCCCUUCUCGACCUCGCCGACUAUUUACAAACGCUAACCCUAACUAACUCCGCCGAGGUCAGCGAGGUCCUCAAGUCCAUCCGGAGCCCCGGCAAGGCCCUCGAGUUUUUCCGCUUCGCCGCCUCCCUUUCCGGAUUCCGCCAUGAUUGCUUCACUUACAACCGGAUCCCUCUCCAUCCUCGCGAGUCGGGGGCCGACCGGACGUCAUCCGCGGAGUCGUGGACGAGAUGGAGCGCGAAGGCGGUGCGGGGGAGCAUCUCGACCGUUAACAUCUUGAUCGGGAUCGUUGGGGCGGAGCUGGAGCGGUGCCUGGAGCUGGCCAAGAAGUAUCUAAGGUUUAAUGGGUACACCUACAAGUGUAUGGUGCAGGCUUACUUGAGGUCCCGGGAUGCGGAGGGGGCGUUUCGGGUUUACGAGGAGAUGAGGAGAAAAGGUUACAAAUUGGACAUCUUUGCUUAAAUGCUUCUGGAUGCAUUGGCUAAAGCUAAUAAGGUGGAUCAAGCUUACAAGGUUUUUGCAGAUAUGAAACGUAAACACUGUGAGCCAGAUAUGUAUACCUAUACGAUUCUCAUCAGAAUGUCAGGAAAGAUAGGGAAAACGGAUGACUUUCUCUCCUUUUUUCAAGAGAUGAUAAAAAAAGGCUGUGUGCCUAACCUGAUUGCUUACAACACGAUGAUUCAUGCACUUGCCAAGAACCGAAUGGUGGAUAAAUCCAUCUUUCUUUUUUCUAAAAUGGUUGAGAAUGAUUGCCAGCCUAAUGAAUUUACAUAUAGUGUUAUAAUAGAUGCUUUAGCAAUGGAAGGACAACUAGACAGACUAGAUGAAGUUGUGGAAGCUUCUGGUAAGUACAUGAACCAGUCAAUCUAUGCAUAUCUGGUAAAGACACUAAGUAAAUUAGGCCAUGCAAGUGAGGCCCACCACCUGUUUUGUAAAAUGUGGAGCUCUCAUGAAAAAGGCGAUAGGAAUGCUUACAUGUCCAUGCUAGAGACUCUGUGCAAUGCAGGAAAGACAUCAGAGGCCUUAGACUUGCUAAAUAAGAUUCAUGAAAAAGGAAUAACAACUGAUACUGUCAUGUAUAACAUGGUAUUUUCAGCUCUGGGUAAACUAAAGCAGGUAUCCUAUAUCUAUGCUCUUAAUGAACAGAUGAAGCAUGAUGGCCUUUCACCUGAUAUAUUUACUUAUAAUAUUCUUAUUUCAAGCUUUGGUAGAGCUGGUCUAAUUGAUAAAGCCAAUGAACUCUUUGAAGAAAUGGAGAGUAGUGAAUGCAAACCUGAUGUCAUCACUUACAAUUCUUUAAUAAACUGUCUUGGGAAAAAUGGAGACCUCGAUGAAGCUCACAUGCAUUUCAAGGAGAUGCAAGAGAAGGGAUUGAAUCCAGAUGUUGUCACAUACAGUACCCAUGAAUGCUUUGGCAAAUCAAAUAAAGUUGAGAUGGCUUGCAGGUUGUUCGAUGAGAUGCUUGCUAAGGGAUGCUUCCCUAACAUCGUGACAUACAACAUAUUACUUGAUUGUCUUGAGAAGAGUGGGAAGACAGCAGAAGCAUUUAACCUAUAUGCUACUUUGAAGCAACAGGGGCUGACUCCAGACACAAUAACUUAUUCAAUACUUGAACGGUUGGAAAGUGGGUCUCACAGAGCAGUAAGAGUUCGCAAGCAGAGUCGCAUAACAGGUUGGGUUGUUAGCCCCUUGAGGUGAUGAAGUCUGGUUGUUUGUAAAGGGAAAUGCCUUUGUUGGACAUGAUGAUAUUUUAACUUCCUUUUUGCAAGUUCAGAAAUGCAUCUUUUCUAUUUUGGUCAUCAUAUAGAGGUAUCCUUAUCUAGCGAAGGGCUGCACAUGGACCUUGGGUUUCCAAUUUACAAACGAAAAGGGUCGGUGGAGUUCUGUUCCCAAAUAUGCUGCAACCAUGCCUUGGGCUGAAAAUAAAGUUCUGUUUCCAAAGCUGAUUAUUGAUGCAAGGGUACUGUGCAACAUAAAGUGUUGGCCUUUGCUUUGAUAGGAUCCACUACUAUAUGUCACCGCAUCAGUUUCUAAGUUUGGAGAGGUGAAGCAUAAAACUUUGAACUUCAGUUGUUAUGUUUGGACACUGCAGUGAAGUUAAUUUUAUCUCCAUUAAGAUUUCAAAUUCCUAAAAAUUGAGCAUAAUUCUUAGUAAGCAUCAAAUAUGAUGUUAUUGAUACAUGAGUUUAGUCUGAUGCCAAGAUCUAUUUUCUUGGGAUAGAAACCACGACCUUUUAUUGAAGGUUUAAACAACCAUCAGCUAAUUGGAUGGGUGGGUUCCUCAAUAAUAGAUAUGAUGGUUAUGCUUUACAUAUUUAUUGGGCCAAUUUUAUAAGACUAUUGUCCUAUUAUCAAGCUGGUUAAAAUUCAAUAAGACUGAUGUCUUUCGACCCAGCCAGAGCUAAUUUCAUGGUUCCCUUAGUCAGAUGUAGCGGCACGUGCUCUGUUACCUGACAUUUGCAACAGUGUUCUUAUUGCCAUUUAGUAGAUAGAUGAUGGAUUCAGGCUUGUUCACAUUAGAUUUGUCUUGUUUCAAUGUCGAUUUGUUUGUAGGUAUUUAUUAAAUGUAGCGUACUUAUAAACUUCAUUAUAUUUUCACUGUUGGUUGAAUGAUCUGCCUUGUGUAGCUUUCUGCAUAAUUUAUGGCUUUACUAGAUUUCCACACUAGACCAAGCAACAUCCCUUGAAUACUAUAUAUUCAUUACUUUUUGGGCUUAUUUUACCUAAGAAUUGCUGUAGAAGACAUUACUAAAAAUUUGUAACAUUUGGUUGAGAUUGGUUAUUAAAGGGUGAGCCUUGGCACACUAGUAAUCUUGCUCCAUCAUGACCUAGGUGUCACGGGUUUGAAACACACGGAAACAACCUCUCUGCAUGCAGGCCCAGACACCAUAAUGGUGGGAGCCUCGUGCAUUGCAGCGCCCUUUUUUUUGGUUGAGAUUGUUUAUUCAUUAUCUUGAUUCCAAUACAUUAUUCAUUAAGUUAGUGAUCAGGUAUUGGUUGUUGUUGGAGUGGGGCGAAGAGAAGGGAAGCCCACCUGGAAUAAUUACUGGUCUAGUACUUUCGGAAACACUUUCAAGUCGAACUCAAACCUCCCCAAAUUGGAAAGGAAUGCUGCCAUUGUCCAACUGCCCAGUUCCCAUUGUUGGUUGCAUUUUCUCACAUGCAUAAGAAUACAAUUAAUUAGUUCAGUAUUCUUUCAAAGAAAUAUUUUCAAUUUUUCUCAUUUAGUUGUUAGGCAAUUAUGGUUGCAGAAACCUUCCAUUGAUUUAGUAGUUAUUUUCUGAACAAGAUAUUUUCAUUCUCUCUAAUUUAAUUGGCAGGGAAUUAUGGUGGUUGAACUGUCUGUUGCAUUAGUUUAGCUUGGUUGUUCUUAUUGCUCCAAUCUGGCUGAGAGGAACGCUCUCACAUACCACAAAUAGAGCAGGGUCUCAAAUGCAUUGAUUCUACAAACAUGAAACUUGCAUGAGAUUAGAAAGAGGAUUCAAUUUCAGGCUAGCGAAAAUGAGACUCUAUGAACAGUGAAUUUCUAUAAGUUAGGUCCCGUUUGGCAGAGCUGUUGGCAGUAGAGCUUUCGGAAGUAGAGCUUUUUAAAGUAGAGCCUUUUGAGCUGCUAGAUCAACACCGCCCAGUAAUGUUAAACCAAGUCCUUCAAAUUCAUUUUCCAAGAGAAAUGGCAGCAAUCCAAGGAAUUAAGGAAGCAAGAAAGUGUCUAGACGUGGCAUCUGUACUUGGUUCCACAAAAUGAUAAAGCUAGAGAUGAUGGAAUUAAGCUGUUGAUGGCAUAUGCCAUGUAGGUGCUAUAAUGCGAUCACAGUCACUAGUGUAGUCAAGCAAGCUAUUCUUGUGAGUGGAGGCCUCUCAAUAGCUAUGGCACCCUUGGCCUAUCUGCCACUUGUUAUAAAAUUCCUGUGGACCAAAGUGUAAUGUGUUUUAUUCUCAUGUAGUGGUAAGAGUUCUGUAUUUCUUGUAGGUAGCUAUAACCAGUGCUGGUAUCAUAAAUUUGAUUGAGACAAGGAGCCCCUAAGUUGGUUCAAAUGCAUUGUCAUUGAUAAUUUUAAUGUCAAAUAAAAAGGAAAAAAAAGGAUUUAGCAAUUAUGCCGAC